AUGAUUCAGAGAACCGCAUUCCGUUUGACCUUCGCCACCACCCAGGCCCCCUACCUUAUGGCUCGCCGCGGGCUGCACGCCACACCCGUUCGCCUUGGUGGUUACCACUACCCUGAGGGACCCAGGAGCAAUAUCCCUUUCAACCCUCAUACUCGCUUCUUUUACCUGCGUUUCAUCGCCUUCUGCACCGCUGGAUUUGGCUUCCCUUUUGGGGUUACCAUCUGGCAGUCUUCUAAGAACAAGGCCUAAGUUUUGGUAACUUUGGUUUGUUGAAACAGACUUUUGCGGUGGGAUUGGAGGCUAUUUCUGGUGAAGGUCUGGCUGUAUAGGGUUAGAAUUAUAGAACUCAAGUUCUAUGAAACCUCGGUAUCCCAGUGGGACAUUCAAUUAUUUCACGUGCUGUAUGGAUCGUGACGAACCGAGAUCCAGUGGUAGUUGGUGUUAUGGUGUGACCUAUUCGUCUCCGGAUCCUUUGGGAAAUAGACUUACCGAAUCUGGGGGUGGAUUAAGAGGAGGUCUAUUAAUUCAUUUUCUUAAGGUGGGAGCCUUUUCCAAUC